AUGUCGGUCGUCACCCACGACAUAGUCCCCGAUGGGGACGUCUACAUCGCCCUCCGGAACCCUAACACCGUAUCCGUUGUUCCUAUUGUCAAACUUCGCAAAUAUGGGACCAAUCCAUCUAAAUACAUCCCACAUCAAAGGGCUGUGGUCUUGUCUUCUUGGCAAUUACCAGCACUUAAAGACAAAACGGCUGCUGAGUAUCGGUUUCGAGUUUCUUCGCAUAAUCUAACAGCUGUCUCUCCCGUGUUUCGGACAAUGCUCAAAGGCCCCUGGAAAGAGUCGGUACCCUAUGAGGAAACGACUUCUUCGGAGGGUUUGGGCCAGACUCCUGCGGUACCCAUGAUCCGUGAGGUCUCAGCAACUGACUGGGACGUACACGCCUUUGCCACUGUACUUAACAUUAUUCAUGGCCGCAAUAAUGACAUCCCGCGAGUUGUCACCCUCAAGUUCAUUACCGACGUUGCUGUCAUUGUCCACUAUUACGAAUGUGCUGAAUCUGUGACUCUUGCAGCAGAGUUGUGGGCACGAAAUAAAAUCUUCUCCAAAGAAUACGGCAAGCAUUCCAUCAUGUUUCUGACUAUUUGUUGGGUUUUCUCUUGGGACAGUCCGUUCUCUUCAAUGGCUCGAUUGGUGGUGGAGCACGGUGAAGGCUUAGAGCAUGUUGAUACCCAGGACCUCCCCAUCGCUGUGAUCUUUGGAAAGCUCGAUCAGAUCAGGGAACCUCUUUUGCCGUCUAUAUAUCGGAGACUCGAAGAGCUGCGCAAGGACCUGCUGAAUAACCGUAUUGGGUGUGGCCGCGAAUGCAGGAACAUGAUGCUUGGGACUCUUCAUGGUGAUAAGCACGACAUGCAAAAGGAACUCGGAAAUUGGGACUACGCACACAGAGGAGUCUCUGUCGCUCGCGUGAUGGACCUUUUGAACAGCUUUCCUUCGCCUGAAUGGAAAGACCCCAAGGAAAAGUGUCUAGUUCAUUCUCAGAAUUGCAGUGUCAAAGCUCUCAUGAAACCGACAUUCGAUAAGAUCAGGGAAGAUAUCAAGAAGAUCAAACUCGCCGAUUUCCAAGCCAAGAAGGUCUGA